GCCGUUCGGCAGCAGUAAGCGUGCUGCGCGAAAGCUGAAUCAAACCAAAACGAAGUUUGAGAGAGGACGGGGAUGUCUGUGGCUGAGGCGUCAGCAGCAGACAACACCCGCCGCGCUAUCGAGCGCGGCAGCAUCACCACCGCGCAGAAAACGCUGGAAAGACCGAAGGAGGAGCUGGUCAUAAGUAGGAAAUGUGAGGAAGAGAGCAAAGCUGGUUGCAGCGUGGCUCAGGAGUUUGUGCGCGAGAAAGACGAGGAGCUCAAGUCGGAGCGGGCACGGCGACAGCAGGCCGAGCAGGAGAAACAGCAGGCCGAGCAGGAGAAACAAGCCAUUGGGCGAGAGAAGGAGUCGGCGGUGGCGGGACAGCGCCAGGCGGAAGAGAGAACCCGCGCAAUGGAGGAGGAGUUGGCCCUUCUGAAAGACUCGGUGCAAAAUCUCCGCAAAACCAACUUGAGCCUCUUACAGUCUGCCGGGAUACCAGUCGUCGCCGUGGAGACGCAAACCGAGCCGGAGGAGGGCAGCAUCCGCAGUCUCGAAGACGAACUCUUGCUCGAGAGGGUCAAGGCAGAAAGACUGCAGCGGAAAGUGGAGCACUUCGGGCCGCUGGUGGAGGGGCUCAAGCGUUAAGUUUCGAGCGAGAAAAAGAAGACGACGAGAGCCAAGGCGCAUAUUGAGAAGCUCAAGGCUAACGAACCGGAGGAGGAACCGGAGGAGGAACCGGAGCAAGCGGUACCUAGGGAGAAGGGAGAGGGUGGUGGGGAGUUGCUCUCUGCAGAGGAUGAGAAGAAGGUGCUGAUGCGCGCAAUCGAAAAGAGGCUCAAACCCGAAGGAAAAUUUGGUGAGACUGCUGCACGGCUGUUCAAGAGCUUCGUGGAAAGGGGGGUGUCUGUCAACAUGACUCCGCAGCUGCUUCAGUCUACCGUGUUCCACGCCACGGGUGUACAAUUGAAACAAGAUCUCAACAUCACGUGUGCGCGCAACACGGUAAAGGUUCUUGGUCUCGGCAUUACGCAGCUCGAUGGCGAGGAGUUGGUCAAAGCAGUUAUCAGGGCGCCCGUUUUGUUGAUUGCGGGUGAUGAGUCGCUCCGCAACGGGGACAACAAGUUCCCUGUCUUCGUCGCUUUUCACGACGUGGAGGCGGACGCGCCGUCGUUUGGCCUGUUGCACGUAUGCAGCAUGAAAGACAAAACGGCAGAAACGCAGGCUCAGCUGUUUUACGAAACGAUCGUCGACACGCUUGGUUACCCAAAACACCGGGUGCUCUUCGUCUUGAGUGAUAACACCGCAUCUGUUUCCUCCGAGGGGAAGGGUUGUGUGAAGCUGUUGCAGAGAAAGCUACGGGGUGAGGACACCACCAAGAAACCCCCCACAAGAGCUACAGGGGGAGCCAGCAGCAAUAGUGGUCGUGGUGUUCAGCCACGAAACGCACCGGCGGCGGGGCGGGCGGGGC